ACUUCUUCAAACUCUAUGGUUGGCUCGAGCCCGGGACGUCAGUACCGGACUCGGAGCUCCCAAAAGCUAUACGCAAGAUCCAGAAAGUGCUGAAAGAGCCGGUCACCGGAGUUUUCAGUGACAAGAUGAUGGAUGUCAUGACCAGACCACGUUGUGGAACGGAACAACCGUACAACGAAACAGAUGCGAAGGCACAACCGGACUUACACAAGCGAUAUGUACUCUGGGGCUCUAAAUGGGCAAAAACUACUUUAACGUGGCGCUUCAUCAACUAUUCUGCUGAUACGUCUGUAGCGGAACAGCAGUCAACGAUCAGCAAUCAUCACUUCCACGUCAAGCAUAUAAAAAGGCACAAAUUUGCAGAGAAAACCGUUGUUGUUAUAUUGCUGACCGUCACAUAGCGCCGCCUUCGCUCAGUGGAUGAACUACGCGCCUCUCAACAUCGUACCGGCAGCUAGCAACGCAAACGCUGAUGUUUACAUACGGUUUGCACCUUUCGGACGCGACGAUACCCGAUAUGCUUAUACAUCCAUGGUCUCUGACGGCGUGUCUCUCUCCACAGGUAACAUCAACUUGACCUUCAAUGAUGAUUACCAGUGGAGCGAUGACCGUCUGUUCAACUACACAGCUGUGCACGAGAUUGGACACGCACUCGGCCUGAGCCAUAGUGCAGUUGAAUCUGCAGUCAUGUUCGCAUACUUCGUCGGUAACAUUCGGCCUCUACAUCCUGACGAUAAGAUGGGUAUACAUAGCAUCUACGGCUGGAAGAGUCCAAAGUGGAGUCGAAUCGGUUCGAACACAGCCACGAAGAAUAUGAUCCAAGUCACUUCGAUAUCAGACACCACGGCAGCGAACGACGGUCUCUAUCAAAUGCGCUCGAGCGGUCAGAUACUGCGAUACGCCAGCGGCAGCUGGGCGAGCGUAGACAAUAACAAAGACACUGUACAAAUCGCCGGUGCAGGUGGAAAUCUCUACCAGCGCCACGCAGACGGAAGCACAUAUCGAUGGACAGGCAGCAGCUCAGACUGGCAGUAUAUCGGCACCGCAUCUGAAAACGUCAUCGACAUUGUCGCCGCCUCGGACCAGCUCUACUCGCGCCGCAAAGACGGUUGGGUGGCUCGCUGGUCCGGGUCCGGCACCACUUGGCUCAGCAUCGAGCAGCCCUCUGCGCAAAUCUCCAAACAAAUAGCCAUCACCGAUUCAAAGACUCUCUGGAACCUGCUCACGACUGGCGAUAUCGUUCGCUCCACUUGGCCGUAUAACAACGGCGAAUGGCGUAUCGUCGAUCAGAACGCCGGGAACGUCGCCAUUGCUGCUGGUGGCGACGAGUUUUACAAGCUGCAGAGUGAUGGCACAGUGGUUUGGUUGAAUCUCAAGGAGUAUUUUUGGGUGAUUAUUGAGACAGUGGGGAGUGUGGCGAUCCAUGCUCAGGGGGACUAUCUGUACAGUAGGCAUCGCGAUGGGACGGUCUGGCGGUAUACGGGAAGUCCAGGAGUAUGGGAGAUGCUGGAUGACAAGAAAGAUGUUGUUAGUGUGGUGGGCGGCCGGAAGGGGGAAGUGUGGGAGAUGUUGACCAAUGGGGACAUAUAUAGGCUGGUAUCCUGACAUGGAACUCCGGAC